AUGGCGACUGCAAGAGUGAUGUCAGCUGCAACCAACACGACAGCAUACUGCUUGCUUCUUAAAAGACCAUUCUUCAGUUUAAAUCAAAAAGUUCCAAACUUUAACAACCUUUGCUUCAACACCACCACCAAAAGAGUUUCAAAGAGGUUGUUUUCUUGCAAGUCUAUUUACAAUCCUGAUGUUCUAACCAAGGAAGAAGGCCAGCCUGAGACCCUUGAUUACCGUGUCUACUUUCUUGACAAUUCUGGCAAAAAGGUUUCACCCUGGCAUGACAUACCGUUGCACUUGGGAGAUGGGGCUUUCAACUUUGUUGUUGAAAUUCCAAAAGAAUCAAGUGCAAAGAUGGAGGUUGCUACUGAUGAGCAAUUCACUCCCAUUAAGCAAGAUACCAAAAAGGGGAAACUAAGAUACUAUCCCUACAACAUAAACUGGAACUAUGGAUUGCUUCCACAAACAUGGGAAGACCCUUCUUUUGCAAAUGCAGAAGUUGAAGGAGCAUUCGGAGAUAAUGAUCCUGUUGAUGUUGUUGAGAUUGGUGAGAGACGGGGAAAGAUUGGUGAAAUUCUCAAAGUCAAGCCCUUGGGUGCUUUGGCCAUGAUUGAUGAAGGGGAACUUGACUGGAAAAUUGUUGCGAUCUCUUUGGAUGAUCCACGGGCAUCUCUUGUAAAUGAUGUUGAUGAUGUAGAGAAACAUUUCCCCGGUACUCUCACUGCAAUCAGGGACUGGUUCAGAGACUAUAAGAUCCCUGAUGGGAAACCUGCCAACAAUUUUGGUCUUGGCAACAAGGCAGCAAGCAAGGACUAUGCUCUCAAGGUCAUCAUUGAGACCAAUGAAUCUUGGGCUAAACUUGUCAAGAGAUCGAUUCCUGCUGGAGAGCUUUCUCUUGUAUAA